AGUCAACUUUACGCAUCAGUCAUAUUACAAUCCACUUCCUUUGAGUUCCGACAGUAAGGAUCUCCCCAGAACGGAGGUGCCUCUGGCGUUUUGCCUCUGCUAGUUUGGGGGACCUGAGGAGGUAUUUUGCUGAUUUUCCUUGGAAAGGCUACUGCUUCCGUGUCAAGAGACUUGUCUCUGUGUGCCAAGAGGUGUGUUUAUCUACUCGACUGUUUGUCACGCCAGUGGCAAGAACAUUUGAUUUAAGAUAUGUCCAACAUCCUCGCCUGGGUUGAGGGGUUGGUGGGACCAUGGCUUCCCACUUUCCUGCUGGUUCUGUUCACGACCCUUCUCAUCAUCAACGUCUUUGAAGGGCGACCCAAGAACUUUCCUCCUGGAAUGAUGAUCCUGCCCGUGGUGGGUUCCCUCCUGUCGAUGCCGUUCGGGCCCAGCGUGGAGAUGCUGCGUGGCCUGAGGAAGAAAUACGGCGACAUAGCAAGCUUUGCAAUAUUCGGCAACAGGGUGGUGAUGGUGAGCGGCCCCAAGCUCAUCAAAGAGACCUUUUCUAGCAAGAGCACUGCCAACCAUCCUGAUCUUCUCUUCGGCAGUGCCAGGAACAUCAUGAUUACGAACGGCCGCACACCUAAUAUCGGUAUUAUAGCAACGAAUGGACAGUUGUGGCAGGAGCAGCAGAGAUUUUUCCUUCGCCAUCUCAGCGGCUUGGGCUUCGGCAAAAGUAGUUACGAGUCCCUCACUACUGAUGAGAUCGCAGAGUUCAUUGAUGUCCUGGUGAAGGAAGGAGGUCGCCCCAUAGAAAUGAGUCAUCUGUUUCACCGCUCAAUCAUCAAUGUACUGUGGGCACUGGUCAUGGGGAAGCGUUACCCGUACAACCACGCCAGGUUUAACGAAAUGGUGGAGGACUUCUUUGUGCCAGCUGAUUUCAAUCCUCUCUCCCCCGACCAACACAUUCCACACAUAUUUAAAGUAAUAGAGUACAUUCCCACUCACAGAAAUGGCCUCAAGAGCCUCAAGAAGAUUUGCUCUUUUAUCAAGGAGGAGAUCAAGGAGUUCAUGACCAACGAAGAACUCAAGAAUGGCGAUAACUUCACAGCACUUUACCUGAAGGAGAUUGAGAAGAAAGAGAAUCCCAACUUCAACUUGGACAUGAUGGAAGGUGUGAUCGUUGACAUGUUCAUAGCUGGCAUGGAACCCACCUCGAGCACCCUCACAACAGCUAUGUACCUGUUGGCCAAGCACCCGCACGUGCAGCGCCGCGUGCACGAAGAGCUGGAUGAGGUCGUCGGCAAGGAACGCCGUCCUUCCUUCUACGACAUGGAAUCGUUGCCAUACGUGCAGGCCACCAUUCAAGAGGUGCAAAGAGCAUUCAACUUGCCUAAGUUUUCUCUCCCACAUAUUACCAACGAGGACUGCAAGAUUGGCGGCUACGACAUACCCAAAGGAACCUGGCUGCUGACCAACCUGGACGACUCCCACAAAAAUCCUGAGUACUGGAAGAACAGUAAUGAGUUCGAUCCUCAGAAUUUCCUUGAUGAAAAUGGAAAGUACAAGUGGAAUAACGCCUUCAUGCCCUUCGGAACAGGUAAGCGGAUAUGUACUGGGGAACAAGUGGCCAAACAAACCCUCUUCCUGUUCUUCACUCACAUGAUGCAAAAGUUCAACGUCACGCUUGUCAAGGAGCACAGCCCUAUCGACGAUACCAGUCCAUUAUUCACCCGCCCACCGCGAUAUACUGCCAGUUUUACAUGCCGCUCAACUUGUGACUAAGAGUCUAGCACAGACCCUGAACCUUAUUAAAUCACACUGUUCUCUUCAAUGGGCUUCUCCGGUCACAGUCUUAUUUCUGCAUCCUUGCCUAUGGCUCCAGUACUCCCUCUGGAUGCAUCAGAGCGAAGGUGCUUUUGGCACUCCAGAUCAGCAAGAUGAAAGGAACUUAUUUUCUUUUUUGUGCCCUUGUCAAGAUUCCUUAGAGCAUAAAAAUGCACAAUAAGUAAAAAAAUAAAUAAAUAAUAAUAAUAAUAAUAAGGGUGAUAAUAAUAAUAAUAAUAAUAAUAAUAAUAAUAAUAAUAAUAAUAAUAAUAAUAAUAAUAAUAAUAAUA